AUGUCCCUUUGGAACGAUGAGAAUGGCAUGUGUGGCAACAUCGCCUGUGCCGUUGCCACGCUCGACAAUGAGGAGGAUAUCCCCGAGGUUUGGCGGGCUGAAGAGCUCAGCAAGCUCGAAGGUCCCCGUGCCAAGCACCCGAAUAAAAGCUACGACGAUGAGUGCGACGACCGAGAUUACUGCGUUCCCGAGGACGAAAGCGCGACGUCAAAGGGCGACUACGUUAGCCUCCUGCAAAACCCAGAGAGGUUCACCGGCUACGCCGGCGAUGGCGCGAAGCAAGUAUGGGACGCCAUCUACCGAGAAAACUGUUUCCAGAAGAGCUCCUUUCCCAAGUCGUCGCCACCCGGUGUUUCGGAUUGGCCGCCCAAGGGCCCCGCCGCCUUGGACAUCAAGCACGUACUCGAGGCCGCCGGUCGCCAGCAAGCCCUAGAACAAAAGCGCCAAGAGAGCCCCAAUACCCCCUUUGUCGCGGAGACGGGCCUCGAGCUGGAGGACCAGUGCAUCGAGAAGCGGGUUUUCUACCGCGUUAUCUCGGGCAUGCACGCGAGUAUCAGCACGCAUCUCUGCUGGGAUUUCCUGAACCAGACGACGGGCGAGUGGACGCCCAACGUCGCCUGCUACGAGGGCCGACUGCACAAGUUCCCCGACCGCAUCAGCAACCUCUACUUCAACUACGCGCUCGUGACGCGCGCCAUCGCCAAGCUGGGGCCGUACCUGCAGGGCCGCGACUACGUGUUUUGCAGCGGCGACAAGCAGCAAAACGCCGAGACCAAGGCCAAGCUGCAGGCGGUGACGGAGGCGGCGGCGAGCGUACCGCAAAUCUUUGACGAGAACCUCAUGUUCCAGAACGGCGAGGGCCCGUCGCUCAAGGAAGACUUCCGCAACCGUUUCCGCAACGUCAGCCGGCUCAUGGACUGCGUCGGCUGUGACAAGUGCCGGCUGUGGGGCAAGCUGCAGACGGCGGGGUACGGCACGGCGCUCAAGGUGCUCUUCGAGUUCGACAACGCCAGUGAGGACAUUCCCCGGCUCAAGCGCACGGAGCUCGUCGCCCUCUUCAACACGUACGCCCGCGUGAGCAGUUCGCUGCACGCCAUUGACCAGUUCAGGACCAUGGUGGACGGCCAGGCGGCGGCCAGGGAAGCCGAGGUCGUGGCCGCGUCGUUUUCGGAGGAUGGGCUCGAAGAUGAUGAGUCUGCCGACGGCGAGGACAACGACGCCUACGAGGAAGUGGAGGAUGAGCCGAGUGAGGAGAAGAAAUCAAAGGAAGAUGAGAAUCUCAAGGAUCUGUUUGAUACGGAAUUUGCCAAGGUCUACAAGGCUUUUAGCAUUGUCUUGAAAUCGUGGCUACGUGCUCCGUUCUUCCUCUGGGAAAUUGUAUCGUCGGAGAUGAGACGACUAUUCCAAUAUUACGUGGGAUUGCCCGUCUCUCCCCGCGAAUGGUCUCUCGAGUUCCCUCGCAUGGACGAGCUAUAA